AUCACUUUCUUCUAUUUUUAUGAAACUUUACUUACCUAUAAUCGUCUAUUGCGUGUUCUUCUCUGGAAUAUCCGCCAGGAAUUUCUCCUCUUGUUGUCUUUUCUUUGAGUUUCUUGAAUGUUUAAUCAUCAAAUCUACUGUAUUGGAAAAUAUUCUUUUUUAAUAAUCAAUUUGCAAGAGCUUUCCAAGGUUGGGUAACCCUUGAACAGGUCCUUACCAGGACCAGCAGUCUUUCUGCAUUUUGUUAGAAGUCUUUAUUUCAUAUCAGUAGCAAGAUUUUGAGCAUAUACAAUUAUAUAUAGCAGCCAUCUGGUGAUUCUUGUUGUCCAGCUGGCAACGACUUUCAUGAUGGACCUUAUUUGGUUUGCAGGAGGAGAUAUCAAUUUCUGUCAGUGAACUUUUGGAGUAGCUUAAUUUUUUAGAUUAUAUUGGUUAUGGGAGGCAAAAGCUCAAGGGAUUCCAGUGGAAGAAGGUAUCGAACAAGCAGGUCAAGUGGUUCAGAUGCAUGGAGUCAUUACGGGUACCCACCACAAUCUGGAUAUCCUCAGGAGAAUUCUUACUAUAUGCCACAGCAUCACUAUGCUCCACCUCCCUCGCAUAAUUAUGGAUCACAAACGACCCAGCGCGCGCGUAAGAUUAUGGAGAGGAAAUACUCAAGGAUAGCUGAUAACUACCAAACUUUGGACCAGGUUACUGCUGCCCUUGCACAAGCUGGCCUUGAGUCCUCUAACCUUAUUGUGGGUAUUGAUUUCACAAAGAGCAACGAAUGGACAGGUGCGAGGUCAUUCAACCGCCGAAGCUUGCAUCACAUUGGGAAUGGUCAAAAUCCCUAUGAACAAGCUAUAUCGAUUAUUGGGCAGAGCUUAUCUGUUUUUGAUGAGGAUAACUUAAUUCCCUGUUAUGGAUUUGGAGAUGCAUCAACACAUGAUCAAGACGUCUUCAAUUUCUAUCCAGAAGAGAGAUUUUGCAAUGGAUUUGAGGAGGUGCUUGCACGAUACAGAGAAAUUGUUCCCCAGCUUCGACUUGCAGGACCAACAUCUUUUGCACCCAUCAUUGAAAUGGCCAUGACCAUCGUUGAGCAAAGUGGCGGCCAAUACCAUGUUUUGCUGAUAAUUGCUGAUGGACAGGUGACAAGAAGUGUUGAUACACAGCAUGGUCAGCUUAGUCCUCAAGAGCAAAAGACAAUUGAUGCAAUUGUUAGAGCAAGUGAAUUCCCGUUGUCAAUUGUCCUAGUUGGGGUUGGUGACGGGCCUUGGGACAUGAUGAGGGAGUUUGACGAUAACAUCCCUGCUCGUGCCUUUGACAAUUUUCAAUUUGUGAACUUCACGGAGAUUAUGUCAAAGAACAUGGAUCCAUCCAGAAAGCAGGCAGAAUUUGCUCUUUCAGCCUUGAUGGAAAUACCUUCUCAGUAUAAAGCAACUAUUGAGCUUGGCCUAUUGGGAAGAAGGAAGGGAAAUACUUCAGAAAGGUUUCCUCUCCCUCCUCCCAUUUAUGGUACCUCUUCUUUCAACACCUCAAAGCCUUACUCUCGCUCAAGUAGUUUUCAGCAGAAUGCAUCUCCUUAUUCUCGCUCAAGCAGUUUUCAGAACAAUGUACCUCCUUAUUCUGGAUACGAUACCCCAGCUAGCGCAAACACAGGUCCAUCUUCGAGCUCCCUUUACGAUAAUCAGGUUUGCCCCAUUUGUCUUGGUAAUCCCAAGGACAUGGCCUUUGGUUGUGGACAUCAGACUUGCUGUGACUGUGGAGAAGACUUAGAACUCUGCCCCAUAUGUCGGAGCACUAUCCAAACUCGAAUCAGGCUUUAUUGAUCAGCCUCCCUAAUCACAUUUUUCGUUUGGCAACAGCUGAAUCGAGUGCUCAUUUUCCAAAAGCAGGGAAAGGAUAGCCAUUAUAUGACCUGAAAGAUUGAUGAGCUUAACGUGAUAGGAGAGGGUUAUAUCUCAACCUGAUGCGUUCCCUUCUGGAGUGGGAAAUAUAGCUGCAAUUAACAGGUGAAGUAUGUGCUGCUAGCUUGGUGGAUUUGGAUCCAUUUGGAUGAAUGGUGAAAUGGGUAUUAAUGAAAUCUAAAAUAAUAGUGGUGGUGAGAUUAGUUAUUAUAUCUGUAAGAUUAAAUAUUAUAAUAAUGAGAUUAAAAUUAACAAUGAAAAAAAUGUUUGUAUGUAAAUAUAACGGUGAGUAGUGAAAAAAAAUAAUUAUUAAGUAUAUUAAAUUAAAAUUGAUGUAUAAUUGAAUUUAUAUUAUAUA